UCAAGACGCGCCGCUAUCUUUCACGAAAACAAGGAUCACCAUCGAUGCGAGAAAUCAUGGAUGCGAGUGAUCUCAGUCUUGUCAAGGUGCAUGGGGGAGGAGGGUAUGACUCCGAUUUCAGCGAUGACGAGGACACAGGAGGGGCAUCCCAACAUGGAAAGAAACGGAAACGUGACGAGUUACUGCAGAAGCCGUUCCAGCAGGAGAAGCACACAAAGGUGGCCCACAAGAGCCUGGCUGCUGAAGAGUGGGACAGGGAGGAAGCCAGGAACAGACGCCAUCACCUGAUUUCCAUGAAUGCCUUUGAGAGACACAAGAAGUUUGUCGGUGACUAUAUAAUGUAUUAUGGUGGCAAGAUGACGGACUUCAAGCGCUCCAUGGUCAAUGACAAGACAGACUUCGAUGUCGUCAGAGAGAACCAUCGAUUUCUCUGGAGGGAAGAAGACCACGAGGACAUGACAUGGGAGAAAGAGCUGGCGAAAAAGUACUACGAUAAGCUGUUUAAGGAGUACUGUAUAUCUGACCUUAGCAGAUACAAGGAAAACAAGUUUGGCUUCCGGUGGAGGACUGAAGGUGAAGUUGUCUCAGGAAAAGGCCAGUUCUUCUGUGGGAACAAACGCUGUGAACAGAAGGAGGGCCUGAAAAGCUGGGAGGUGAACUUUGCCUAUGUGGAGCAUGGGGAGAAGAGGAACGCGCUUGUUAAACUGAGACUUUGCCCAGAGUGCUCCUACAAACUUAACUAUCAUCACAAGAGAAAGGAAUUCAAAGCUAAAAAGAGGAUAAAAGCCGAAGUGAAGAAGGAGUCGAAAACAGCCAAAUCAUCCCGGCAGAAGAAGCGCAGGAGGAAGAGCAAAGAACAUUCUACCACCACAAGCUCAGAGGACUCUGAAGAUUCCAGCAAAGAACCAGAGUCUAGUGAGGAGGCGGAGGCUGAGGAAGAUAAAGCCUCUUCCGAGACAGACCACUGGAAGGGACCAGCGCCCAGCAUAGAGGAGAAGUCGAGGGAGGAGGAAUUCGAUGACUACUUUGAGGACAUGUUCCUUUGAAGUCCUUUUGAAGUAUUUUUGUGGAGAGCAAACUUUAGAUUUUGUUCUGCAUUUUUAUGCUGGUACACAAGUCACUGUAUAUAAGGUUCAUUGUGUUAUUAAUCACCAGCAUCAGCAAAUGAAAAUAUGCUGUCCAGGUGUGAAAUAUUUAUGUUCCUGGCUUGUUGAGUACCUUGUUUUCCUGCGGAAGGGAAACGUCAGGACACCUUUUCCCUCUAGAUAUGCAGUAACAUGGCUUCUCCGUCACUAGCUCGUUGGAAUGGAGGUUGUUUCUUUUUACGCUCUUCUUAGCUUGAGCUCUCUGGAAAUUGCUGGAGUUUCAUGCGGAGGAGGGCGAGCGGGAGGUUAAGAGCCAUCCAUCUUGGCUGAAACAACUUACCUCCAAAGCCAAAGCCAACAGGAACCCCUGUCGUAAAACGUAAUAAAACAUUCUCCACUAAUUUGACUUGUGCUGGAAGCAUCCAGUUUUCCAAAUGGUCUUGGCAGAUUGCCGCAUUCCUCAGGCAGAAUCAUGUUGCUCAGUUCACAAAGUUAUAUAAAUGCACUUAUAUAAAUAUGCGUGCGUAGAUGUCUGUGAGGCUGUGUGUGUGUAUUAGUGGGAGGUGUGGUCUUUCGGGAAUUGCCGUGUUUUUGGCCGAGUUUGAUGAGCUCGCAUAAAGAAUGCCUGAACAGUCCGGCCCCAGACAAAAUAAGGAAGAGCAUCUUAAUCACUCGUGAAGUCUUGGGACAAAGCCUGCUCACAAUCUGAGCACAUGUUCUAUCCACUCAUACUAGGCUCCGCCCAGUUCACCUCAUAUGCUGUUAGUUUCUCAGUAAAUGUAAGGAAAUGAGUUGCCUGUGGUCCCAGCCAAGGCUGUGGAACAAUUACCUCUCGGUACAGGAAGCCGCUACAGACUAACUGAAGUAUCACGUCCAGCAGCAGGAAGACAUGGAGGUCAGCAGAACAUCCAACAGCGAAGCUACUUCUGCUGUGUCAGGAUGGGGGCCAUUAAUGCCCCAGAAGCUGAACAGCACUGCAGUGUUUAAGAUGCAGUACUUAGCUCUACUAGUCAUACUUGAAUGAUAUGGCAGAAUAGAUCGUCCAUUUAUACAACUACUGGUCCAUGGCCAACAUGACAUUUAAGUAAAAAUGAAUUGUUUUGCAGGAUUGUUUUUGGUCAGGACAAGAGUUAAUGCCUAAAUGUAUCAUAGUCUGAAAGAAUAAUAUGAGGGAAACUAGGCUCAUAAAUCAAUAAAUACAGUCUGUGUUCCGAAACAAUUUCUUUUAUACAACAUCUAUUUUGCUCUUCUGUUCAUUUAACCGUUUCAUUGCCCCAGUGAUAUAUAUAUAGACCAGCAGAGUUCCCUGGCUAAGCCUGUGUGCCUGUAAUCACAAGGUUGCUGGUUCAAACCCAGUCUCAGCAUGUCUGUGGAUCCUUGAGUAAGGACCUUAACCUCUCUGGGUGCUGCUACAGGUGGCAGCCCUUUGCAGACAACUUACUCUACAAAGAGCAAGUUGAGGGAGGUGUAAGAAAGCAUUUCCCCAUGGGGACAAUAAAGGAUUUACCUAUUAAACAGGAGUAAAUUAGGUCAGAGGUUCCUAACCUGGUCCUUGGGAUCCCCCAGACAGUCCAUGUUUUCAGAGCUGGUCUCAGUGUCCCCGAGGCCCAGGUUGGGAACCACUGAAUUUGGUGUCUAGGGUAUGUGAGCACUGGAUGAGUCCAGUCCAGUGCCAGUGGCAGAGAGCAGCCUAAACAGUUAUGGAAGAUCUGCCCUGCUAAGAUACCAGAAGUAUGUAGUUUGUUUCAACCAACCAGUUCAGUACUCUGUGAAUGUGACUCUUUAUAGUCAACUGGUUGGUUGAAACAAAAUCCUGGUGUGGAUUUCUACUUUCUGAACUCGUGUCUCUUUCCCCUGCCUGAUCUUCUUUGCCCCUUUUGAUCCAGCUUUAACAGGUAAUCCAUUCACCACGAAAAGGCCACCUGGGGGGCCACAUUCUUACUGCUGGAUCUCCUUUUAACCCCUACGGCUGUUGUGUAACAGGCAGACCUCUCCACAGCUCUCUGUUUAAUGGCGUGACACCGCCAUUGAAGGUGGAGAAGGAUGACCGGAGACCUCUGAGUGCCACACAGGUGACGGAGACGAGCAACUGUCUUGAAGAAGACCUUUAUUUGAUCCAUUAUUCAUUUUUGGUUUACAUUAUAUGAUAGAAACCCAUACAUAUUUUACAAGCCAAGGAACAGCAAAUUCUCUAGUGUACAAGCAUAUAUAGAUGCACACAUGUGUUUGCAUGUGUGCGUGUGUUGGUGUGUAUAUCAAUACACAAGCAUGUUAAAAUUAUUGCUGAACAAUAAAUCGUGUGACAACUU